CCGUAUGCUCCAUAAGAAUGAGGAAACGGGACGGCGUCACGACAAAAAGAAAGAGGGAAGGAAAAGGGCGUUAAGGGACCUGCUGGCUCACAGUCCCUACAGAAAGAGCACCGCGCUGUUGCAGCCAUGGUCGAUACCACGCCGGUCCAGAGCGCAACUGAGAGACCAGAGACGGAUUCAGACUCCAAUGGUCAUGCGCAGUACAUCGCCUUGUCCCUGGUGCCCGUCUUCUUCCUGCUCGGCCUUCUGGGAGUGCUCAUCUGCCACAUCCUGAAGCGCAAGGGUUACCGCUGCACCACUGAGGCCGAAGAUAAUGAGGCGCUGGCAGAUGCAGAGAAGGACCCCGAAUGUGCCGCAGAGCUGAACGACACCUUCAGUGAUGCCAACAAUGACACGCUGGGCCGUAUCGUUCACUGCAUCAUGAAGAAUGAAGCUAACUCUGAUGCUCUGACGGCUAUGGUGGCUGAUCACGGUGUUGAAUGUGAUAGGCCAACUACCCCAACCUCUCCUGUGUCACCUAGCGAGACAAAUACGCCGCUAUCCCCAGGGGCACCACUGGGGGCGCCCAAGCACACCUGCAGCCACCUGCACACGGUGGGAGGAGUGGCCGGUCAGAAGAGCAUCUGUAGCCGCUGUAACCAGAAGAAGUGGCCCCUGGUGAGGAGGCCAAGCCGGGGCCGUUCCUCAGGUCAGGUGACCGUGCUGUCAGUGGGCAGAUUCCGAGUGACGAAAUGUGACCCCAAAAGCACGAGGGAGAGGAGGUCCCUCCGCACAAGUGACCCGAACGGCUCCGUGCCGUCCUCUCCUACUGAGCUGAAGAGCAGAACCCCUUCAGAGUCCCAGGAAAAACAAGACAAAGGACCGAUUUAAGGAACCAAGAGGAACCCUGAAGAAGGAUCUGGAGGCCUCCCUCCCCUGUCCCCUAUGGAGAGGUGCUACAGUCAUUUAUGUACUUUAAUCCAAAAAUCAGGCAGAUGCGGUGAGGGAGACACUGCAGACCUGAGCGUGGGUCCUUUGCAGCUUCUCCCACAACGGCGCUGAUCCGCAGCGGGUCCGUGGACGGUGGUGACCUUGAUCCCAGGCUGCCACCCCCCGCUAAACCUUCGCCACCCCCCCCCCCCCCCCCCCCAAUGCCCCAAGUGUGGGCGGAGCCACAGACCAGCGAGCGGAGGGUCAUGUUACACCACGUUGGCCUCAAACAGCUGCUGCACAGCUGAAAACACAGAAAAGUAUUAGAGAGGAAGAAGAGGGAGAUGAAGGCAUCAUUGAUAUCAUGUCAUCAUGUCAUUACCAUAGACGGGUUUGUGUGAACGUUUUUCAAAGUCCAGCAAUAAGCACAGUUACACGGAACAAUGUUGGUCACACUGCAUGUCCAUCUAACCUAUAAUCACUGCAAUUAAAUUGUUGAGAAAGCACACUUUAAAUUUUUUUUUUUCUGAACUGAGCACAGAUUUACUGAACACUACUAUGUACUGGUUUACAGAUGCUUAGUAAUGACACUGUGUGUGUGUGUGUGUGUGUGUGUGUGUGUGUGUGUGUGUGUGUGUGUGUGUGUGUGUGUGUGUGUGUGUGUGUGUGUGUGUGUGUGUGUGUGUGUGUGUGUGUGUGUGUGUGUGUGUGUGAGAGAGAGAAGCCAUUUCCUUGGCUUCUUUAUGCUUGGCCCUGCCCUUAACACGCUAAAAAUUCUACAUCCCCACUGGGUAUACAGCUUCCAGCCACACCAAAGAACUCCACUCAGGGAGAUUCUACACUGCAACUCCUUUGUUAUCCAUCUGUCUUUUUGGCCCUCUAUGGCUUCCAUAGUUAAUUAGUUUAUUAUUAGCUUAUUCAAUAAAAAAAAGAACUCGAAAAAUGUUUAAAGUGGGGUUGGUGUGUUAAACCUCAAAUCAUGCACUAACAACUAUCUUAAUGAAAGGUUAUUAAGUACUGCUUUUAAGGACGCAAUGCAAAUGCAAGCGCCGAGUUAAGCUAGUGACCCUGCUGUCAUGGAUGAUGCUGUUUGGAUUCUGUGUGUAUUUGGAUGUUCACCGGGCGGAUAUGUCUCAGUUGGGGUGGGCACACACAUCUUGCACACUGUUUUUAAUACAGUUUUAGAACCUGUAUUUGAGAUUUGGUUUUAAGACUUCAGGAAAACCAAUAUUUGAUACUAAAAAAUUUCAAAAAUGAAGGGUUCCAGAUGUUUGUGCCCAUGCAGUGCCAUUCAGAUUUGAAUGAUUUUCUUUGUACUUGCAUUUUAGUUUCUUUGCAAUCUGCCCAGAUGCAGUAAACUGCACUGAAGUGGGGGAAUCUUGCUUUUAUUUGUAAAUUGUUGUAAACAUUUUCCAGGCUACAAGAAUACUACCUGUUUUGUUACGGUCCAACUGAAUAAAGCAAAAAUUUUAUGUGCUUUAUGGGAAAACAUUUUAUACAGCCACCCAGUUUUCUAAUGUCCCCAAAUUAUAAAAAAAUAUAUAUAUUUAUCAAUGCAUUUUGUUCAGAUGUUAAAUGUAUUCAGUGGUUUUAGGAAGGUGAAUGUGUCAGUUAUGUUUUUAAAGUUGUAAUUAAAAAAACCAUAAUCUUCAUGUAAGGUGUCAUCUGCUGAGCUUCUGUGGAAAGCCUUUACACAUUAAACAACUACUGGCCCCUU